ACACACCUGCAUUCCAAGCCUCUUGACCUGACCCAGCAGCAGCUUCAGCAGCAACAUGAUCCCCCAGGGCCGACUGAAUCUUCAUCUCCCCUUCCCCAAAGCAGCCCCACAUCUCCCUCACAGGUGAACCUGUCAGGACAGGUAAAGCCAAGGAAGAGGAAGGCAUCACGGCCACAACACUUGUACAUGCCCCCUACUAUGGUUCCUAUUUCCACACCACUAACCCCAGAGGAGGAGAACUCAGCUGAGCAGAAGGAAGACCUAGUCCGGUACGAGGAUAGAUUCCACAGAGAGACUUCCCAAGAUUCAUCAACACAUAGUUGUCUGGGUGAAUCUCAAAAUGGCAUUCAUAAAAACAUUCCACUCUCUAGGCUUAAUAUGCCUAACUUUGACCGGACGGAUAUGAAGAUGCCUACCUUUAAUCAUUCAGACAAAUUGCCGAAUUAUAGCCAGUCAGACAAAAUGCCUAACUUUAGCCAGUCAGACAAAAUGCCUAACUUUAGUCAGUCAGACAAAAUGCCUAACUUUAGCCAGUCAGACAAAAUGCCUAACUUUAGCCACUCGGACAAAAUGGCUAACUUGAAUCAUUCAGACAAGAUUCAAAAGUUCAGUGAGUUGGACAAAAUGCCUAACUUUGGCCAGUCAGAUAAAAUGUCAUCAAACGGUCAGCUGGAAGGUAAAAUCUUAAAUCAUAGCCAAUCUGCAGGCAAGGUUUCAGAGGUUAGCCAACCAGAGAACAGGAGCUCCCCAUUCAGUCAGUUACAAAGCAAACCUUGUAACAAUCAGUCAGAAGACAGGAUUUCCAAUUUCAACCAAUGGGAUGCUAGGAAUAUUGAUGAGGACAAUCACAAUGAUCGUUCAGUACGUUACGACAGGAUACAUCAACAGACAGCCAGAGGAAUUGAUAUGAAUGUAUUUACGCUAUCGAAAUCUCUUGCCAGUGGAGCAGCUAUGGUACGACCCCCGUUACAUAUGAAUACGAUGAUGAAAUCAUCACAUGACCAUAUUCUUCCCCUGUCAAGGAACAAUUUUGAUGUGGCAGCAUUUUCACGCCAGCAGAAGUCAGAUCAGCUUCAAAGACAUAUACAUAGCUCUAGUCCUUACUUAAUCUCUCGACGAGACCCUGCCCUCAAGGGAGUCUACUCUAGUGGCUGGCCCGUGCCUCUAAAGUCAUCAACCCUUUGUAUGGGUAUGGACCGCUCUGAAGAAGCCCAGUCAGAUCGGUCAGGGAGUCAGUCGCCCAAUCUACAAGCUUCUCAAUUUUCAUUGGACAAUUUUGAUGAACCAAUGAACUGA